GUAUCGAUUAUGUCGCGGUUUUCUUCACGUGGUAAUUGAUGACGAAAAUAUAUGAUAGUCCAGGUUUGGUAGCAUUAGAAUAGGAAAGUAAGCAGUGUUUGUUAAUUUAUUGCGUGCUUGAUGUGAUCAAUGAUAUUUUAAGAAAAAUGUUUUAUUUUAAGGCGAUAUUUCUUAUUUACGUAAUACAGCAUUCUUUUUGCCAAAAAGAUAAUCAUUUCAUAGUUGGAAGGAGUACCAUGGUGCAUCUUUUUGAAUGGAAAUGGAAAGAUAUAGCGGAGGAGUGUGAAAACUUUCUAGGACCCAAAGGAUUUGCAGGAGUGCAGAUAUCUCCUCCAACGGAAAACCAAAUUAUACGGAUAGCCAGAGCUAACAGACCAUGGUGGGAACGGUACCAGCCCGUUAGUUACCAAUUUAUAUCCCGUUCCGGAACUGAAGACGAACUUAUUGAUAUGAUACAACGUUGUAACAAUGUAGGAGUUAGGAUUUAUGUUGACGUUUUGAUGAAUGGUAUGGCUCAAAAGGCUGGAAAAGCUAUGGGAGGCAAUUCUGCUUAUCCCAGUAUCAUGUUCUAUCCUGCUGUAACUUAUAUAAGUGACGAAUUUAACAAACCUUGCACAGUUAAUAACUAUAAUGACGCAAAUAAUGUUAGAAACUGUCAGUUGGUUGGUUUACCAGAUCUAAAUCAGAGUCUUUAUAGCGUCCGAAAAAAACUUUUACAAUAUAUAGACAGGCUAUUGGAGUUAGGAGUAGCAGGAAUAAGAGUGGAUGCAGCAAAACACAUGUGGCCUUCAGAUCUUAAAUAUAUCUACGAUAACGCCAAAAAUUUAAGUACUCAACACGGAUUUGCCGAAGGAACACGACCAUAUAUUUAUCAAGAAGUUCCUGAUUUAGGAGGUGAAGCUGUUUCUAAAUUCGAGUACGUAGAUAUCGGAGAUGUCCUGGAAUUCAAUUUUGGAGUUCAGCUAGGAAACAUUAUCCAAGGCAAUCAACCACUUCACAUUCUUAAAGAUUGGGGGUCGCCGCCUUGGUACUUGGUAAAAGCGCAAGAUGGUGUUGUUUUCAUAGACAAUCAUGACAACCAGAGGCUUGAAGACACUAGAAUUCUUUCCUUCAAAAAGCCCAAAUUGUAUAGAGCUGCAAAUUCUUUUAUGUUGGCACAUCCGUUUUUUACCCCUAGGUUGAUGUCUAGUUUUUUAUUUGAGGAUCACGAUCAAGGGCCUCCUGCAGAUGAAAAUGACGACAUUAUUUCACCAGUACAACAAGAUGUAAUUCUAAUCUCCAGGAUACAAUCCAGAUGGAUCAUGCAACAAUGGAUGGGUAUGUGAACAUCGGUGGCAUCAGAUCUACAAUAUGGUUAGGUUCAGAAAUGUAUGCUUAGGUACAAGAAUUACCAAUUGGUGGGACAAUGGACAGAACCAGAUAGCUUUUGGACGAGAAAAUCAAGGAUUCAUAGCAAUGACUACAGAAGGGGAUAUUAAUGCAAUCCUACAAACUUCUUUACCACCUGGUACAUACUGUGAUGUAAUUUCUGGCGAUUUAAUUGGUGGUGAAUGCACAGGCAAAGUGGUUGUUGUGGACGAAGAAGGAAAAGCUGAUAUUUAUUUGGAUGUAGAUGGAGAAGACUACAUGUUAGCCAUACAUGUUGGGGGUAAGUUUUGAUACUAAAUACUACUACUACUAAAUAUUUUGUAGUAGGCUUUCAGAAAAAAUUUUAAAAAAUCACUUCCAUUUUUUAUAAGCUACAUUUUACCCAUUAACGGUUUUUUCGAUAAAAUGUAAAGUGUUUGGGUUAUUCGUGAAAAAUCGAUUAAUCAUAAGAAAUUAUGGAAUGUUCUAUCACGAUGGUAGAAGAUAAUAGCAGAUACUAUGGUUUACAUGGUUCCUCAUCCAGUCGCAGACGACCAACAAAAAUGAAACCAAUUAGGAAGUAGAUCUUCUUACCAUUUAGAGCAUCUUAAAUCGUAAUGAUUUCCAACGUUGAAGGACCACCCACUUUACAUGGGAAAUAAAACCACAAGCGUUAACAAUACUUAAUUUAAUGAUUGAUUUUUUACUACACUAAGUUGAUAUCUAGCCAAGGGUUUGUCAUGUAAAGUUCUUUUAUGUAAACCGCCCGUCACUGUUCAAGCCACACUAGUCCGAUAAACACUACACGGACACUGAUACAAUUUAAAUUAUACUAAUACUACUUAUUAUUCUGAACCAAGGAUAUUUCUGCCGUGCUAACCAAGUAAUAUGCUACAAUUAUUACUAAGCGGAGUUAUACAGAACUCAAUCUAACAAAGAAUCGACCCACUGGGUCUUAAAGUAAAUUUGUAAGUAAAGCGUCCAGCUUGGCUGGUAUACAACGUGACACUUUGAAUAUUACAACGAUACUGCUCGAUUGCCAUGCCUAACUACCACUGAGGGGUUUGAGGGGAACUGGUUCUCGCUUUCUAACAGGGAAUUAGUCGGAGAAUUUACCUAGGUAGGUUUUAAGAAUUAUUAGCUAUUUAAUGCCAGUGGCGUAGCAACGCUUGGAUACAUUUCUUACUGAAAUUUAUCCACACGAAUAGGUCUAAAUGUAUCGAUUUUUCAAAAAAAACUUUGUGAAACUUUUUUGAUUAGAAUAUAUUUUUCUAUCGAUUCUUAUUGAGAUUAUUUUCUAUAUAAAGGUUUCAAUCUACAACAAGUACACUUAGGCAUAAGGUAGAUUUUGCUUAAUAAGAUAUUAUCUAAUUUCUAUCUCAAUACUACAACAGUUUUGUACGAAAUCAAUAAAUAAAAUGUUAGACAAAUAACGAGCUUUUAAAGCAUUUUAACCCUGCGUUAGAGUGCCUAGAUAAAUUAGCACGAGAGGUGUUCCGUGGUAUGUCAUAGUGUAGCGUUUACGCUACUGAUUAACCCCUUAAGAAAUUUUUAUUACCCGCCUACGAUCGAUUUUAAAUCGACAUUUCCCCACUCACGCGCUGUUAUCGCUUUGAAAGGAAGAUCGAUUUUAUGCGGAAGCGAAGUUUCAGUUUUUGGUCAGAACUCAACGCAGCCACGUCGACCGGUGAAAUGUUUCACCUUCAAAGUGACAGAAUUGGAGCAAGGAAGAUAAUUUGGGGAAGAAUAAAAUAGAAAUAUUUAUAAUAAUAAUUAUUUUUUUUAAAUAAACAAUAAUCUAAAGAGUUCCACAUAAGAGGAAGAUUUUUUUGGCGUGCUGCAGCUCCAUGUAAGUAAAUCAUUUCAUACGUAUUAUCUCCUUAUCAUAUAAUCAAAUUUAUCAUUGUAUUUAGUAUUUCUUUAGAGAUUUAUUUUUGAGUUCCGAAAUAAUUUAAAUAUAAAAUUUCCUUGAUUUACUUGCAAAGAACAGAAGGUCAUUUUUUUUAUAUAGUCAAACUUAAAUUCCGAUCUAUUUCAUAUCUUAUCAUUAAGUUUUUUUUUUGGUUCCCUUUUAUCUAAUUUUUUUUUGGUGGAAUAUAAAAAGGUUCUACAAAUGUGGGACAGCCUUCUGUAUUCUGCGCAUGUUUAUUUCAUGGCGCAAGCUUGCCAUGCCUACGAAAGUAACUUCAUAAAUUUGACAUGAUGUUGACUUAACCUAAUACCUGAUGUUUUGAUGUUUUGUUUUGGUGCACUCAAUCCAUGCUGCUACACCUAUUGAAUUGUAUUUAUUAAAUUAAAUAAUAAUUUUAGAUUCCGUCACUUUACUUGAGGAUAUUCUCUUCAGAAUAUUCCCUCAAGGACUCAAGUAACUAAAUUUCUUGAAUAGUUAGCAAACCCGUGGAUUUUGCUAUCACCCAGAGACCAGUGACUGGUUGUGGCUUUGUGCCCAGGAUUCGUCUUUACAGCCAUAAACUGAUUUAGCCGUGCCAAGAGGAAUUUUCCUAUGGACUUAUAGUGCUGUAAAGAUAAGUUGUUUAACUAUUUGACCUUUUGUAUUACGUAUUACUUUCUAUUUACUGUUAACUUUUCAUAUGCAUAUGAUCAAGUAACUACAUUUUGAUAAAAUAUAAUUUUGAUAUUAUUGGGAGAGGGAAAAUAUAUUACCUGUUUUUAUUAGUUUUUUUUAAAUAGGAUUUUAAGAGUACUGACCAAACUCACUUUUGCUAUAUUUUUUUUUAAUACAAUAUAUUUGAUAAAAUAGGUACAAUUUUGAUAUUGGGAAAAGGGAAAUAAAUUUCAUGUGGUUUUUAAAACAUUGUAUAAGGAGUAUUGAAGACUCACUUUUUGGAUGUAAUAUAUAUUUAAUAUAAUUGUAAUAGAGAUUUAUCAAGUUUGAUAUCUUUACAAUAUUGUCAUUAGUACCUCAUUUUAGUAGAACUAAUUUAAAUUUAAAUGACUACCUUUUUGUUUUAAGACUUUGGCUACCCUACGGACUAUCCUUGAAUUGUUACUAAUAUUUUAAACUUUAUUUGGCCAGUGGUAGUGACUUUUCGCUUGUUGAGGGGCUAUUAGGUCCUAUUGUAUAUUUACACCAUCCACUACCACUGUUAUUUAGCUUUGCAUUAUAUGUAAAUUGUUUAUACACAUAUACCUAUAUACAUUUUUAUAAAAAUAUAUUUAUUGUUGCU